CUUCCGGAAGCUGCCCUGGCCCGCAGCCUUCACCACAGAACUUGGGUCUGGGGUAGACACAGGGUCUGGGGCACAUGGUUUCAGUUAAACAAAGUAGUUCUCUCCUUUGCAUAAGCAGAGAUUGAGAUCUCUUUCCAGUGACCUUGGAGGGAAGGGCGGAGGAGACUGGGUGCAGCCCAGCCUGUGCCCCACUUGCUGCCAGACCACAGACAUGUGUAGGGCCUCCCUGGACAGGAAUAAGCAUCCUCCAGCAGUUUCUGAUGAGGAAUCCUUUCAUUUUCCAGCAGCUGGCAGAGGAGGCUGGGGGAAAAUAUGGUGGCCACAGAAGGACUGGAUCAUGAGGGUUGGGAGUAAAGCUCUCAGAUGAAGUCGUCAAAGAUGGCGCCAUGGGCUUCAUUGUUGGAGAUAGGAUGUGCCUCGAUGUGUUAUUAGAUCCUGAUCAUUAUUUGGGAACUCUGGGAUGUGAUCAUUCCUGAGGUUUCUUCUAGCUCUCAAAUACCAAGAAAACAUUUGUGACAGAUUAAAGCAGAACAGCAAAAACAUGCCGCACCCUGGUCCUACAUCACUAAAAUCAGUCCCAAAGUACUGAGCUGGGAUCUGGCCUCAGAAUCCUUCUCAAAGCCCUGUGCUGUGCCGCUGCUAUGAAUUGUAGCUGAUUUACGAGAUAAAACCUAAUUACCAGCACUGGUUUACAACAUGCUUUUAACACAUUGAUUUUCUGAGCCACUUAAUGGGGCUUUUAGAAUAACCCACUCUGACUUUCUCCUUUUAAGCUUCUGAGUCGUCCAUGAAUGCCUGUAAGAAAUAGAAACCCCCAAAACUUCUUGAGGCUAUGCAGAAGUUUGAAGUUUUGACUCUUCCCACUGUGCGGGUGUUGACUUAGAAUUUUUUUAAAAGUUAAAAUUGUGACUCAAACAAAUACAUAGCAAAUCUGUGUCAGAGAGUUGUUUAAUCGUUGUGAGGGAGGCAGCAUGGUGGUGAAGACGGUAGACAGAGAACCUGAGGCAUCAGUGAAUGUGGCCCAUGAACGAGAAAGCUGAGCCAAACCUGAUGCCCGACCCGGACAGUAAAACUGUGGUUUGGGGCGUUUGUAGCCUAAUCAUCCAUAGUUAACACCUAACUCUGAUCAAUACUAAAUAGUAAGGCCAACAAACUGACCUUCCCUUGGAGAAUCAGGUGCCUCCAGGAGGAAAUCUCUACAUCAUAGUCCGGGGUGGCCCUGAAAGGCUAAGCAGUCAUCUUUUUGCCUCAUUUCCCAGUUUUGGGCAAUUUUUUUUUGUCACCAAAGAGUAAAUUGUGAUUUGAAGGAAUGGAGAAGUUUCUUUUGGCCCCCACUCCCACCCCCAAGAUGAGUCAGGCUUGAACCGGUAGGCGACCCUGACUUGUUUAUCGCAUGGGGUGUGGCCAGCAUCACCUGCCAGUGAUGUUAAAGAAGCAGCAGGAGGUUCUCAGGGGUGAAGCAACGUAACAUUUGCAUAAUUGCCUACAGGGGCCCACUCUCCUAUGAACUUCAGUGGUUUGCAGGCUCCAUGGUGGGCGCCCCACCUGCUCCCUACUUCCCCAUCAGUAGCUUCUCAGUGAAUUCUUCAAUCUAUCGAAAUGGAAUCAAAAUUCAGCCAGGAGGAAACAGUGGGUAAAUUCUGUAGGUCACUGGGAAUAAUGAAUUUUCGUGUUUGUUGGUUGUGAUAUGUCUCACACUGAUAAACUUCGUAAGGCAAACUAGGCGUAGCAACUGCCGGCUGCGUGAAUGAAGUCACAGAGAUGGAGUGCGGUCGCUCUGAAAUCGACGAGCUGAUCAAGGAGCCUUCUGUGGACGAUUACAUGGGGAUGAUCAAAAGGAGCCCUUCCCCGCCGGAGGCCUGUCGGAGUCAGCUCCUUCCAGACUGGUGGGCGCAGCAGCCCAGCACAGGCGUGUCGCUGGUGACGGGGUACACCGCCUACGACGCACACCAUUCAGCGUUCUCCCAGAUGGUGAUCAGCUUCUACUAUGGGGGCAAGCUGGUGGGCCAGGCCACCACCACCUGCCCCGAGGGCUGCCGCCUGUCCCUGAGCCAGCCUGGGCUACCUGGCACCAAGCUGUAUGGGCCCGAGGGCCUGGAGCUGGUGCGCUUCCCACCGGCCGACGCCAUCCCCAGCGAGCGACAGAGGCAGGUGACGCGGAAGCUGUUCGGGCACCUGGAGCGCGGGGUGCUGCUGCACAGCAGCCGGCAGGGCGUGUUCGUCAAGCGGCUGUGCCAGGGCCGCGUGUUCUGCAGCGGCAACGCUGUGGUAUGCAAGGGCAGGCCCAACAAGCUGGAGCGCGACGAGGUGGUCCAGGUCUUCGACACCAGCCAGUUCUUCCGAGAGCUGCAGCAGUUUUAUAACAGCCAGGGCCGGCUUCCCGACGGCAGGGUGGUGCUGUGCUUUGGGGAAGAAUUUCCAGAUAUGGCCCCCUUGCGCUCCAAACUCAUUCUCGUGCAGAUUGAGCAGCUCUACGUCCGGCAGCUGGCAGAAGAGGCUGGGAAGAGCUGUGGAGCCGGCUCCGUGAUGCAGGCCCCCGAGGAGCCGCCACCAGACCAGGUCUUCCGGAUGUUUCCAGAUAUUUGUGCCUCACACCAGAGACCGUUUUUCAGAGAAAACCAACAGAUCACCGUCUAAGUGUGUCACUUGGGCACCCCACCCCGGCUGCGUCCUGCAUCCAUCUCCCUAUUGCAGUGGGCUGCAUCAUGAUUAAAGGAUGUGGAUCCCUCUGUCUGGGGUGGGAUGCCUUACUUUGCACUUAAUUUAGUAAGGGCAUUCUCGGAGGAGUAGACGUUUGAUACAAAGUGGCGGCAUAGCCCUGCUGAGAUGUCAGUGGUGGCCUGGAUGCUGUAACCCCAACCUGUGGCUAAACAUUUUAUUUUCUACACUUUCCCCUUCAUUAUCAUUAGUUGCUGUGAUUCUUUCUGCAUUUUUGGUUAACUAUCAUUUCCAAAGACUUGUCAUUCAGUAAUAUUAGCAGAUAGCUGCUUCAUGUAAAGGAAUUUGGAGUUUAAAAAUCAACUCGUGAAAACAAGGCUGUUUUUGUCUUUAUCUUUUGUCAGAAUUAUAGAUUUAUAGAUUUAUGAUUUCAUAGGCUUGAUUCUAUGUGGAAUAUCUUUUUACUUCUAUGCAUUUUAAUAAGAUUUAAAAAUAUUUAGAUACACACCCCCCUUUAAUAAGUGCAAGAAAAACUCUUGACUUGUUAGAAGAAAGUAUAUUCUUUCUAGAAUUCGGCACAGGAAUAUGUCUUCAUAUCCAGGCAAACGGGUGUAUUUUUAUCUUCAGACAAUCCUUCUCCUCUGGGGCUUUGUUGCCAGGAAGAUUAAAACUAAAUUCAUUUUUUUCAUUUCUGUAAUGAAAUCAUCCCAGAUACCUCUUGUCUUCUUUCCAAAUGUUUUUCACAUAUGUUUAAAAUAUUUCUACUUUGAAUUGUCGGAUUUUCCAUGUCCUUCUUUCUCCUUUGUGCCCAGCCUGAGUCAGCACCAUCCCACAUUCAGAACCUCCCAGUGAAAGGGCAGGAAGGGGCCUCGCCUGUCAGCCUUCAUUUUGAGAAGGUGGAAGGUGUUGGGGUUUGGGAGACAGCUCAUCCAGUCUCCCAAGUCUCAUGUGACAUGGUGGAUUUGUGACCGUGAGAGUUUCCGGUUUACAAUAUGAAAAACCAGUUUCCUUUUCCCAGCACCACGCCUGUGGAGGUGACAGUCAGACCCAGAGAUCCUUUAGAUGUGGAUGAGCUCACAGGUGAAUAGAGGAGAAGACCAGGGGACGUGCCUUUUCCGUUUUGUCCAACAAAGCAUUAUAUUUUCAAGAAUGGCAGACCUGUUUGCUGAAGUGUUCGUAAGAUAACAAUAGGCUUGAAUCUCCAAUUCAAAUGAAUGUCAAAGCACAGAUCUUUAAUAUGCUGAAUGAAUAUUUAUUUUUGUAUCCAUUGAAACAUUAUAUUGAUCUCUUUUAUUCUUUAUGAAAAUAAAAUGCUCUUUUUUAAAA